ACUUAUCCAGCGGCUCCGCUCCAUGGAGGAAGGGACACACGUUCCAGCCGUGAUUCAGCGACACCACCUGGACGAAACGAUCAUUGCUCACGGUUUCUUACCUUAUCUAUCCCCUGCUAAACACAUGGAGCCACACCCUCAACAUGCAGGCCCCUCACUCUAAAGACCAUGGCUGGAUUUCUAAAAGGUCUGUGGUGGUAUAGGAAUUACAUCACAAUCUUCCUGACGCCUCUUCUGCUUCUGCCUCUGCCACUCAGCAGUCCAACUCCAGAAGCAAAAUGUGGCUAUGUGAUAAUCCUCAUGGCGCUGUACUGGUGUACAGAGUGUAUCCCCCUGGCUGUGACCGCCCUGCUACCGGUCAUUCUGUACCCCAUGAUGGGCAUCAUGGCAUCAGGAGAGGUUUGUAUCCAGUACCUGAAAGACUCCAACAUGCUCUUUUUUGGUGGGCUGCUGGUGGCCAUUGCUGUCGAGAACUGGAAACUGCACAGGAGGAUCGCCCUUCAAGUUCUGCUCAUUGUAGGAGUGAAGCCUUCUCUUCUGAUGAUUGGUUUCAUGAGCACCACAGCCUUCCUGUCUAUGUGGAUCAGUAACACGGCCUCGGCAGCCAUGAUGCUGCCCAUUGCUAACGCUGUGCUGCAGCAGCUGUGUGACACUGAGGCCAACGCUGACGAGAGGGAUUAUGCACAUGGAAAGGACGGUCAGGAGAAUCAGGCAUUUGAGAUGAGCGACUCGAAAGAAAACUAUGACAAGGAGCUCAGACUAAAGGACAACCAAAUCCACAUCGAUUCAGAUGAUGAUGAUCACACCAAAGACAAGAAAAUCAAAGAAAACAAUGUCAAUUCAAGUGUUUGUGAGAGGAGUCCAGAGGCCGAGGAGCGAAGACUGAAGAGGGAGCAGUGGUACGAGAAGCUGUCGAAAGGCAUGAGCCUCAGUGUGUGUUAUGCCGCCAGCAUCGGAGGGACAGCCACCCUCACUGGAACAACUCCCAACGUCAUCCUGAAGGGCCAGAUUGAUGAACUUUUUCCAAAUAAUGGAGAUAUCAUCAACUUUGCGAGUUGGUUUGGCUUCUCAUUCCCCAACAUGCUGCUCAUGCUGUUUCUGUCUUGGUUGUGGCUGCAAUUUAUGUUUUUGGGUUUCAACUUCAAAAAGUCCUUCGGAUGCGGAACAAAGAAAGUUGGUGACAGCGAAGCGUACCAGGUGAUCAAAGACGAGUACAAAAAGUUGGGUCGUAUGAGCUUCGCUGAGGGCUGUGUGCUUUCUAUCUUCACUUUGCUGGUUAUCCUGUGGUUUACGAGGGAACCUGGGUUCAUACCGGGCUGGGCCAAUGUCCUGUUCGGAGAAAAAAAGUCGUUCAUCACAGACGGCACUGUGGCCAUAUUGAUGUCAUCACUUUUCUUCUGCAUCCCGUCCAAUCUGCCCAGAUGUUGGAGGAAGUCUAAGGAUGGAACCCCUGCUGAAGUCCCCUCUCCUCUGCUAACUUGGAAUGUCGUCCAUGAAAAGAUGCCGUGGAACAUCCUCUUACUUCUUGGCGGAGGCUUUGCGUUGGCCCACGGAAGUGAGAAAUCUGGACUCUCUCAGUGGUUAGGAGAAACUCUCAUUCCGCUGCAGAAUAUCCCUCCUUUUGCCAUCUCCAUCCUGCUGUGUCUGCUGGUGGCCAUGUUGACUGAAUGCUCCAGCAACACAGCCACCACCACUCUCUUUCUGCCGAUACUGGCCUCCAUGGCAACUGCCAUUAAGCUACACCCGCUGUACAUCAUGUUUCCCUGCACCAUCGCCGCCUCGCUGGCUUUCAUGCUGCCCGUAGCCACGCCACCCAACGCCAUUGCCUUCUCCUACGGCAACCUCAAAGUUAUGGACAUGGCCAAGACUGGAUUCAUCCUGAACUUUGUCGGUGUCCUAACCAUCAACCUUGCUAUUAAUACGUGGGGUGUGACCAUGUUCAAGCUGGAUACGUUUCCCUCUUGGGCUAAUGUCACCAAAACUCCAUGAACAUGAGCUCAGAAAAACAGAAACAGUGGAGAAAAAAAGAGGGGAGAUGAACAAUAUCUGCUUAUUUAUCAGGAUUCCACCACAGGAAGACUGGGUGAGCAGGUGCCUUGCUAUUUUUUUAUUUUAACGCUGCCCCACAGAUUCCAGCCAGAACAGCCUGAUGUGCACUGAGGCCUGUCCCUGUAGGCUGAAACAGGUUCCUCUCUGCAGCUUUCUGUCUCAUAUCCUGCCUCACACUGUGAGCUGUGUGCUCAGAAACCAGUUGGAAACACUGGAGCAUCUUUUUGUUCAUGUUGUGACUGAAGUGAGUUCAGUUCAGUUAGAUAAUUUAUCUUCUGGACAGACAAAAAAACUGAUCAUGAAUGUAAUUCAUAUCCAAGACUGACUUGGUCUGUAUUUUACCGACAAGAAAUUGUAUUUAAAAUCCAGUGUUCUUGCAUAAAAACAAGGAGAUUGCUGUAAAGAUAUAUUGUGGCAAUUGUUUAUAUUGUGAGUUCAUUGCAUCUGUAAUAAAGUGUUAUACUAUCCUAAUAUAAUAAACUUAAGUAAAAAAA